AUGAUGCAAACUCCUUCAACACCAGCGUUGGUGGUCCAUGACUUGAUAUUUGACCAACUCGAAGAUCUUGGCAACGACACAUUUUCAGAGUUUGAUCCUGUUGGUUUUCAUGUAGGAUCUUAUGGCAGUAACAACUCUUCAAGUGUUUUUUCAUCGUCCUGUCCUCCGAGCCCGCACAACAAUAGUCAGCACUCUCACUAUGGUUAUCAUCAUUCUGCGAGCUCGGAUCAUUUGAGUGAGACUGGAAGUGUGGAUCAUGAUUAUUCCAUGAUGAUGGUGGAUGGAGGUAUGAUGUCGUCCUCGUCCUAUCAUCAUGCUCCUCCUUCUCCUUCUAAUUAUUCCAAUGAUGAUGAUGGAUUAGAAAUGAAUCAUCAUCAUGAAUUUUAUUCUCAUCAUUCUCAUCAGCAACCAUAUAUUAAUCACCCUAAUGGCCAUUCCCAACAAUCACAGACUCAUCAUCAGAUACCACACCAUCAAGCCUCAACUAACGGGUUUGAAGACUAUUAUUAUUCCGAUGAUGGAAUGUCAGGACACUACUCAACACAUCAUGCACAUUCUUCUUAUCAUCAUCAUCAUAUCAAGGAAAGUAUGUCCAUGCCAAAUAUGAGCUCAAUGAGAAGUUUACAUUCAUCACAACAACAACAACCUUCAUCAACCAUACAUGGAGAUUUAAUUAUUAAGGAUUUAUUUGUACAGGAUCACACUGGAAAGAAUAUUGAUUCCAGCGCAUUGAGCAAUUAUGUAUUGAAAUGUCAUCAUCAAUUUUUUGGAAUUGUUUUUGAUGAUAGUUUUCAUGGACCUUCUAUUUCACAAUUUUAUCCAACGGAUAUUGUGACAGUAGUGAGACAGAGCGACCGUAUUGGAGUUUAUUUGCAAUUUAGAAGAUUUUUGACAUGUAAAACAGUUUGUACAGAAACAUUGACGAUGCGAUAUCCAACCAUGAAUGAACAUUGGUCCAAAUAUGCUGAUGAACAAUCAUGGACAGAUCCAAGAUCACACUUUUACAAGGAUUCUCCACUCAGCACAUGUCUCUAUACCAUGAUUGAAUUUUAUAAUGAGCAACAAAUUCAAUAUCUUUUUGCCUAUCUCGAGAAUAAUAUGAGACUAUUGGAAUGUUUGAAAAUGGUCUAUCCACAAUGGAUGUUUUGUGCACACUUUUGCACUUCCAAUGACGUUCAACUUAUUUAUUUGGCAGUUCAAAAUAAGCAAUUCUCCAAGGAGGUCGAUCAUUAUGUGAGUGUGCGAGCGAGUAAUAAUGAUGAGGACUCGACUGCUGCCAUGUCACCAAGUGCUUCUAUGGAUCUGGAAAGCAUGAAGGAAGAAAUGGCCAACAGCAAACGCAUGUCAACAACAAACACUCCAAUUUCGAGAACAGGUUUUGUACCUAAAUGGGCAAAGAAGGCCAAUUCCAAUGUGCAAGUUGGAGUGUUGACCACCUUGAAGCAAUAUCACUUUAAGAAUAGAGCUGGAUCAUCUUCUCGAAAUAAGGCAUCCAUUAUUGACUUUAAGAAAAUUGAACUCAUUGUUCCACCUAAUUUCUAUAGUAUUGCAUUGGAUGUGAGGAAUUUCUGUGAAGAGUUAUUGAUUAGUGGAAGAUUGUUGCCUUAUCAAUUGAGCGUUGGUUUGUGUAAUACACUUGCCAUUGCUCAGACUGAACAUGCGAAAAUGAGAGCCAAGCAAGUGGUGAAGGCACUCUCGAAACAUCCAACCGUACAACUCAGAAAUUUGUCAGCCGUUGCACGAUAUAUCAUUUCAAGCAAUUUAGAGCAGUUACCACAAUCACAAUCUGUCACUACUAAAAGUACAACUGAACAACAGAAGAAUUCAAACGGUAGUGGUGCUUCUCAACAAGCCAAGUCACGUAGAACUGUGAGCAUGGCUCCUGACAGCACUUCGAGCCAUCGUUCGAGAGUGAUUGAAGGUAGUACUGCAAGUGACAACCAAUUAGGAUCCAAUUCUCAAAGAAAAAGAAGUCUUUCUGCCCAAGAUGAUACUUUAAAUACAUUGUUCAGCAAUUUGAGACUCACAAAUGUCAAGGGUGGAGAAUAUGGUAAACAUUCUUCAAUGAAAACAAGUUCCAGCAACGUUGGUGGUACAGGGACAAUAACGACGACAAGUCAUAACAACAGUAAUAGCGGUAGUGGUGGUGGAUCAGAUGUCACAUUGCCACCACAAUUGCCCUCAUCUUCUAGCUCUCUCUCGAAUCAGUCAUCGAUGGAGCGAUGCAUCAUUUCAUAA